AUGCCUCUGUUCCCUUUUCCCGCAGGCCUGGUGCCGUUGGUUGUUGCCAGGCAUUUGUUUGGUCAUUACGGUCAGGUGGCGCUGAUCCUGAUCUGCGUGAUGGCGAUCACGAUCACUGGUUCGGCUCAAAUCAUGGCGAUGACGUCCAUCUUUAUCUUUGACAUUCACGCCGUAUACAUAAAAGUGAGGAAUGACCUUUUUGCCUCGAACCCCUUGGCACUGUUGCCGAUCUCAUGCUCACCCCAAGCAUUGACUCAUCGCAUAAUUCAGCUCAAAUAA